AUGUCACAGCCUCAUCAGCGCAUCCUGGAUUCGCACAUCCAUCUCUGGCCUUCGACAGCAACGUCAUCUUCUGAACAUGGCUGGAUGACACCCAACCACCCUCUCGCCAAGCGUCACGGAAUCUCAGACUACCUGUCCAUUGCCUCAUCACCACCCCCAACCGGGUUCAUAUAUGUAGAAACAGACCGCUACCUACCAUCACCUCUUCCCAGCGACAUUUCUUCUUCCCCAUCCGGCGAAAAAGAAAUCGAAGAAGCGAAGCAGAACCUCUCACAAUGGGCCGCACAGCCACUAGAAGAAAUAAAAUUUCUCCGACGAAUCGCAGAAGCCAAACCAGAUGACGGCGAUGGAUUUUCACCGCAAGAAGCUGAAAAAAUGCUCGGAUGCGUAGUAUAUGGCCCUCUGCACUUGUCGCCUGCUUUAUUCCGUAUCUACCUUGAACUAGCGGAGCAAACAGCUGGACCCAAGUUGUGGAGCAAAGUCGUGGGAUUUAGGUACCUGCUCCAGGGAAAGGGUGACGGCGUCGUGCAGCGCAUGUUGCAAGAGAAUGAAGAGUCGUGGGUUAGUAACCUGAGUGAAUUGAGACGCGGAAACAGUGGCAAGGGCUGGGCCUUUGAUGUAGGAGUUGAUAUCAAUCGAGACGGGACUGGACCCAUGGAAGCGGUUGGCAAGUUGAUUGCGAAAGUGAGACAGGAAGAAAAGAAAGAAGGCGUGGAAGAGGGAAAAGGGGUAAGAUUCGUGUUGAACCACCUCGCGAAACACCCCCUCUCCCCUUCUGCUCCAAUCCCAACCCCCAUCUGGAUCUCCUCCAUCUCCUCCCUCUCCUCUGAUGCCUGUGUCUCGAUGAAAUUCUCUGGCGCUCUCAACGAAUUCAUAGACACCCCCAGCACCCCCUCUGACAUCCCCACCCUCGUGAAAACCCUCUCUCCCUUCUUCAACCACGUAUUCCAGUCCUUUGGCGCCCGCAGGAUCCUGUUCGGCAGCGAUUGGCCCGUGUGCAACGUCGGUGGGCCAAAGGGCGAAGCAGGGAAUUGGUUGCUGUGGAGGGAAGUAGUGCAGGGGUGUUUGGAAGCCGGGGGGUUGAGCGAGGAGGAGAAGGAGAGCGUGUGGUGGGGGGCCGGGUGUGCGGCGUAUGCUUUGGAUGUGUGA